CAUUUAUUCAUGAGAUUACACUCCAUGUUCAAACUCUUAAAUUAUAGAAAUAGAAAUCCUAUAAAUUUGUGUGAAUUUUACAUUUUGUAUUUCGUGCCCAAGUUACAACAGAGGACAACCGUAGGCCUUGUCUGUAUCAAGAAUGGCAUCGUCAUCACCUUCAUCUCAAUCUAAAUAUCAGUCGCCUCCGUAUCCCAGCGCUUCCAAGCUCUCAGAUUCCAUGUGUUACACUGCCUACGCUGCCUCUCUCAAAUGUUUAGAUGAUUCAAAUUACGACAAGAGCAAGUGCCAAGACCAAUUUGAUACAUACAAGGAGUGCAGGAAAAAAGAGAGGGAGAUUAGACUCGAGCAAAACAGAAAUAAAUCCUUCUUUAGUUGAAGGCUUUUCAUUCUCAUAUUUGUCACAGUAGCUGUUUGAGCUUGCUGGAAUUUCAAGUUCAUCUGUGCAGAUACUGCAGCGUAGGAUCAGAUAACGAUAUGCAUUUGUAAACAUUUGUAACCCAAUUGGAUUCAACAAAAAGAUAUUCAUUUUUUUUGUUUAAUAAAAAAAAUGAUAUAUAAAAGAGUGAGUUAAAUAAAUUGCAAUGAAAGUCAUGGCUUAAUAGCAUGCCUUUUUGCAGUUGCAAAGGUGCAUUGGAUUUGCCGUAUUUAUUUAUUGUUAUUUCUACAUUUUUCUAAUUGCAUCUCUGUGUUGAGUGUCAACCAAAAGAUGUCCUUGCAAUAAAAAAUAAAUACAAAACCACAUAUUCUAAGUUUUCA